CCUUCUGAAAUCAGUUGAGUAUUCUUCGAUUUUUUGAAGCAUUUGUUUCCGCUUUUUUUUGGUGGUUGGGUUGUCUUUUUUUUUUGAGUACAAUGGCGUCGCCAAGUAAACGAAGAGAAACGGACUUGAUGAAAUUGAUGAUGGCAGAGUAUGAAGUAGAACUAGCAGAAAAUGACCGAGUGGGGGAUUUCUUUGUCAAGUUUUGUGGUCCAGUAGAUACACCUUAUGAGGGCGGUGUUUGGAAGGUACACGUCACGCUUCCAGAAGCUUAUCCCUACAAGUCACCUUCCAUUGGGUUCGUCAACCGUAUUUAUCACCCCAACGUAGACGAAAUGUCAGGGUCAGUUUGUUUGGACGUUAUUAACCAGACAUGGUCACCUAUGUUUGACUUGGUCAACAUUUUUGAAGUAUUUUUGCCUCAACUUUUGACUUAUCCGAAUCCCUCAGACCCCUUGAAUGGCGAGGCAGCUGCUUUGGAAAUGAGAGAACCAGAAAAGUAUGUAGCCAAGGUGAAAGAUUAUGUCCAAAGGUAUGCACAUCCCAGUCUUUUUGCGUCUUCUUCCAAGAAAGAGUUGGAAGAUGACAGCGACAACGACUCGGAGUGGAGUGACUUGGAAGACAAUGAAGCUAGUUGUUCAGAAAUUUCAGGCAAGCAAGUUGGUGUUGCAGGUUCCUCUGUGGUGGAAAGCGGCAUUUUUGUUUAGAAAACGAGUUGUUUGUGGUAACUAGUGUGUACAGAGGUUGUGUAUAUACCUGUUACAAACUUCUACAGUUGUACAUAGAUAUUUUGUUGACUGGUGUUUGUGAAUGAGUUUUAGUUGUGUGUGUUUGUGUGUUCCGAACAAGUUUUAUCGUUGCUUGCAGUAUGAAGUCCAAUUUUGGCACUCUAGUAUUUUGAAAAUACUGGGUAGCGAUAUACUUGGUUCGUAUAAGAUCAAAAAAAUAUGAUACUAUUUACUGUUAGAAUAAAAAACUUGCGCAUUGUUUGUUGACUAUCAACACUCACUAGU